CUAAAAUACAGUUCCAUACAUUUGCAGACGCGUCAGAAGUUGCUUAUGGUGCCUGCAUUUAUGCGCGCUGUGAGGACCAGCAGGGACGAGUACGAGUCAGCCUGCUCGCGUCGAAAUCGCGUGUAGCUCCACUAAAACGAGUUACAUUACCAAGAUUGGAGCUCUGCGCGGCCGUGUUAGGAGCACAUCUUCAUCAUCGUGUUAGACGCGCUAUGGGAAUCGACACAACCGAAUCGUUUUUCUGGUCGGAUUCGACGGUAACGCUAAACUGGAUAGCGUCUCCACCCAACACCUGGAAAACAUUCGUGGCGAAUCGUGUUGCUGAGAUCCAGAACUAUUCGCACCCUCGUCAAUGGAAACACAUUCCCGGUUCAUCGAAUCCCGCCGAUCUGGUGUCUCGAGGGAUGUCAGCAGCUGAAAUGCUAAAAGGAUCGAUUUGGAGCUGUGGUCCUGAAUGGUUGGCGCUAUCCCCCUCCAAAUGGCCAAUGUCAAAUCCAUCACUGACUGCUGAAACGGAUAUGGAAAUUCGUCAGACACGUACACUACAGUCAUCACAAGUUACCUCAGCAGCAUUACCGAUCACCCCUGAGGCUAUAGAAGCAGCUAAAAUCGUGCUUUGUAAACUGGCACAAGAGCACGAGUUUUCAUCAGAGAUCCAACUGCUGAAAAAGGGAGAAAUGGUACGAAAACAAUCACCUCUACGGCGAUUGAAUCCGUUUCUCGACAACGAUGGAAUAUUACGAGUAGGAGGCCGCUUGAAACUUGCACAGCUACCGUACCAGUUCAAGCAUCCCAUCCUGCUUCCCAAAAACCAUCAGCUGGCUCAUCUCAUCGCGGUGCACAUACAUGAGAAGCUGAUGCAUGGCGGGGGAAGACUACUACUUUCCCGGAUACGUGAGGAAUAUUGGCCACUCGAUGGACGUCGGCUAGUAAAAAACGUAGUGAGGAAUUGCUUUCGUUGCAUUCGUCAGGAUCCGCAGCUGACACAACAACAAACUGGUCAACUCCCGUAUGAACGCAUCACCCCGAGCCGGCCGUUUUCCAUAACUGGAGUGGAUUAUGCCGGCCCGCUGUAUCUGAAACCCGCACACAAGAGAGCCGCUGCCGCUAAAUGCUACUUGUGUGUGUUUGUGUGUUUUUCAACGAAGGCAGUGCAUUUGGAGCUGGUGGGCGAUCUCUCCACGGCAGGCUUCUUGGCCGCAUUACAUCGCUUCACAUCCCGGCGAGGAUUACCAUCGGACAUAUACUCCGAUAACGGAAAAAACUUUGAAGGUGCGGCACACGAACUUAAUGAAUUGUUUGAUAUGUUACAGAACGAACAGCACCAAAACGUCAUCGCAUCCAACUGUUCGGACAGGGGCAUAACUUGGCACUUUACCCCACCUAAGGCCCCACAUUUUGGUGGAUUGUGGGAAGCAGCGGUUAAGACGGCCAAACGACAUCUCUACAGGCAGCUAGGCAGUUCGAGGCUGUCUUACGAGGGAUACAGCACCAUUCUGCAGCAAAUAGAAGCGGCAAUGAACUCGCGUCCUUUGUUGCCAAUGACGGAUGACCCCAAUGAUUUGGCAGCGCUUACGCCGGCGCACUUCCUGAUCGGUUCUUCUAUGCAUGCUGUCCCGGUUCCCGACUACACACGACUGAAACCAUACACGUUAGACGAAUUGCAGAGCUGGCAAUUGCUUGUGCAACGCUUUUGGAAGCAUUGGACAACCGAAUAUCUGCAGGAAAUGCAGAAGGAUAAUAAGGUAGUGAAUCGUAGCGAAAUAGUACCUGGCAGACUGGUCAUCCUUGCGGACGAUUCGCUCCCUAUCACCCUCGCAUCAUCGAUGUACACCCAGGAGAAGAUCAGCUUACGCGUGUAGUGAAGUUGAAAACGGCAAAAGGAAUAGUUACGCGUCCAGUAGCUAAAAUUUGCUUGUUGCCUGUUGCGAAGCCUUCCGAUUAGCAGCACGUGUAGUUUGUUUUUGUUCAUGACAUUCUGUCAUGGGGGGGAGUAUGUUGACGCUUCGCUUGGAUGUCAAAUGAUAACUUGACGAAAGUGAGUUUCGUCAAGUGAGAAUGAGCACGGUAGGAAAUGAUGAGUAGCGGGUGAGUUGCCACUCGCGUGAGUGGCAAUCAUAGAAAAAUUAUAAAUAGGGCAACAUAAUGAAUACACUUUCUCUUGCACUUUGGAAAUUCAACACACAGCGGUAAAUAUUCAGCCCACGCAAAAUCAUCCGAAACAUACGCGA